AUGCUGGCCUUCCCGUCGGCCACCUUUCAGUUUGUGUCACACACCCGGCCCGAUGGCUUCGGUGAUGAUGCGGCUGACCCCUUUGCCCUGCCGGCCCAGGCUGCAGAGGCCCUUCUCCGCACUGGCGGCACCAGCACCGGCGCGCCCGGGGCCCUGCCGCCCACGGUGGACGCCCUGCUGUCCGCCGGGUCGAUGUCGACCGACGACCUGCCCCCGGGUCGGGCUGUCGUCAGCCCGGCCGCACCGCCGGAGAGCAUUGUCAAGCUCCGCCGCCAGGGGAUGAUGGUGCUCGAUGCGGCGCCCCUGCUCCGGAGCAGCCACAGCCAGCUGAGCCAGUGCUUCUGUCGCUGA